ACACCCGAGCAGCAGAACCGGACGCCGCGGCGCGCCACCCGGAUGGCGCGAAACUCAAGCUGACGGCGGCUUGUGGUAGCGUGGGGCUGGCCUCGUCGACGUCCGGCCGGUGAACUGCGCCCAAGGCAUGGCCGGCUGGCGACCCCUCCUUCGUCCGCUGGAUUGGAAGCGCCACCAGAUGGCUGGAUCCGCUCCUUGAUCUAGCAGGAUGGACAUAGCUACCUACCUGAUUCAAAUCACUACUUUGCUUCCUCUGCCGGGGGUUGAAGUUGGGAUUCUGCAGUCGAUGGGAUCAACAUCCAUUUUUGCCUUUUUGGUUUUGAGUUUUUUGCAAUGGAAACGAUGAUAGCUUUGCUUUUUGUUUAUUUUUAUAGUGUAGUCAUCGGUUUUAUUCAUUCACUCUACUUAUUAUCUAGUGAAAUCCAAAUAAUGGUAUCAGGUUUCGUGCAUAUAUGUCAGGCCGGCCCUCAUCCACAGGCCAGGGAUGAACAUGGUUUUUCCAGGCCGUGAGCUUCAGAGUUGAGCUGGAUGCCUGCCCAGUGCACGAGUCUCCUGAACACGAUGAGCAUGCCAUGGUCUGUCGUCUGUUCCAGCAACAACAUUCAUACGUGUUGUUGUCCACUACUCCAGUGCAGCAGCAGCCCAAAAACAAUGAAGAACGCAUGAUAUUCAUGCACAGAACGCAUGCUAUAUCGUGCAUCAGAACGCAUGUGGUACCAAUGGACUCAGACCAAGGGAACAACUUGUCUAUAUAUAAAUGAAGCCAUCGCCAUGUCCAUUGCACCUUACAGCAUCCAAGUAAGUAGUCCUCCCUACACCACACUAGUUAGUGAUAAUUAUGUCACUCAUCUCCACAGCACUUGUGCUACUUGUUCCCCUAGGCCUUUACUUGUACCUGCUGCAGUCUAGUCGUAGAAGAUCAAAUAACCCAGCAGCAGCAGUGUUCCCCACAAAAUGGCCAAUGCUAGGCAUGCUCCCUUCUCUCUUGGCCAACAUGUACAACUUCCAUGAGUACAGUUAUUUGGUCCUCGCUGGAUCAGGCCUCAACUUCAAUGGGGACGGCCCUCCUGGGGCCGGGAUGCGGUUCUUCAUCACCUGCGACCCUGCCAACAUCCAGCACAUCUUCACGACCAACUACCACAACUUCCCCAAGGGUGCGGAAUUCGCUGCCAUCUUUGACAUCAUGGCAGGUGGCCUCUUCACUAUCGACGGCGAGCUGUGGCAUCGGCGCCGCGUGAAAUUUGUGGGCGUGAUCAGCAGCCCGUGGUUUACUGACCGUGUGGCAGCUCAUUGCCAUGACAAGGUGAAGGACCACCUCCUCCCGUUGCUUGCCCACAUGGCGAGUACCGGCACUUCAUUCGACAUGCAAGAAUUAAUGGUGAGGUUAAUGUUUGACAUGACCGCCAUGGCAGUCUUUGGCGUGGACCCUGGCUUCCUGUCCUUGGACAUGCCUCCCAUUGAUGCCUCCAUUGCCAUGGACACGGUCAUGGAGGUGGGAUUUCUACGGCACACCAUGCCGGCCUCUUUGUGGAAGGCAAUGAGGUGGCUAAAUAUUGGUCUUGAGAGAAAGCUCCACGAAGCGAAGAAAGUGCUCCACAGGUUUGUUGUGGAUACAAUUGAGAGGAGGAAGACCACCAGAGAAAAUGUUGGCCACGAUGAGGAUGAAGAGGUUGUGGGUGAUAUUUUAUCUUCCUACAUCAAUGACCCGGACUUCGCCGACGAUGACUUGCUCCGUGCGACACUCAUUAACUUCAUGAUCGCUGGGAGGGACACAAUCGGCACGACCCUGCCAUGGAUAUUCUAUAAUCUCGCCCAGAACCCUAACAUCGUAUCAAUCAUCCGUAAUGAACUCUCCCCAAUUGCAUCGCACAAAGUAGCCCACGGUAUGGGUGCAAUGGUCUUUGAGCCGGAGGAGACCAAAUCUCUGGUCUAUCUAAGAGCCACCUUGUACGAGACUCUCAGACUAUACCCGCCAGCGCAUAUGGAGCGCAAGACAGUGGUUACCGAUGAUAUCAUGCCAAGUGGCCAUGAGGUGCACGCCGGUGAUGCCAUCUUUAUCUCUCUUUACUCCAUGGGAAGAAUGGAGAGCUUGUGGGGUAAAGACUGCCUCGACUUUAACCCAAACAGAUGGCUCUUGGAGGGUAGCAACAAGCUCAAGAAUGUACCGUCUCGCAAGUUCCUGGCCUUCAACUCGGGCCCGAGGGUGUGCAUGGGCAAGGAAAUCGCGGUUAUGCAGAUGAAGACCAUCGUCGCUGCAGUCAUGUGGAACUUUGAUGUGGAGCUGGUGGAAGGACAGAGCAUCCAGCCCAAGCUAUCUUGUUUACUGCAAAUGAAAAAUGGGCUCAUAGUGAAGCUGAAGAAACGAGAAGCGUAAUACUAUGCCCUCUUGUCUUAAAAUGGUUGUGGGUGGCGCGCGUAUGUCUGUGUGUCCAUAUACUUUGUUUUUUGCUUUUAUGUGGGACAACUUUAUUCACAGCAACGAGUGGUUUUUUUUAAAUAAAAGAUUACCUGAGAAAUCAGUUAUGGCUUGGA